UAUACAUAUUAUUUAUCAGUUAAAAUAAAUAUAGUUUGUAAAAAUAUAUUACGUUCUAAGUGUCAGAUAUAAAUAAAAAUCUAUAAUAUAAAUAUAAAAUAUUAAAUUAUUCAUAUUUAUUCUCCACAAUAUUAAUAUUACAAAAUAUAUAACAGCAAUUACCAGUAAAUAAAAAAUAAUAAAUUUAAAAAUGACUUUAAUUGAAGGAGUUGGUGAUGAAGUGACAGAUUUUUUUAUUGUUGUUGGUGUGAUAUUAAUUGGUUGGAUAGCAUGGUGUUCGACAAAUAUAUCCGAACAACCAUUGAUACGUACAGUAUUAAUAUUACAACAUAGAACACGUACACGUAUCGCUGAACUACGUGCCAAUAAUUCAUCAAGUAGAAUUAUUGAUAACAGAAAUUCGAGUGCGGAGGAGUCGAGUGAGGAGACAAUCGUACCAAGUAAUAGCAGCAGUAAUGAACCUGAGGAAAAUUGUCCUGUUGAUAAUCAACAAGCUACGGCAGAAGCCACAGGUUCACUGGCAACAGGGACAGCAACUUCGGAGCAAGUACUUAUAGAAGCUAUGGAUUCAUUGAAUGAUGACAGCAAUUUAUUACACAGACCUGUCAAGUUAUCAACGAGCAGUGAUAAUGAUAAACCUGAUGAAGCUGAACAGUCAGGGCCUGAACCAGCGCCAGCUGGUGAUUCCCCUCAGGAUAUUUGCAAUGAAGACAAUGAGAUAACGAUUAAGUUGAAGUUUAUAAAUGAUGACCAGAAAAUAGUCACCGGACGUUUGAAAGAAAUGUUGAGUGAAUUUAAAAGACGACACUUUCAAGUUGAAUUGGAUGCCCAGAAACGGGUACGCUUAGUAUUUAAUGGACAAGUAUUACAACCAGACAGUGAGACACUGGAAAAAUGUGGACUGUUUCAUAAUUGUGUUGUCCACUGUCUUGUUCAUCAGCCUCUGUUACCAACAUCGACGCAAUCGAGCACAAGUUCAUCGCGGUAUUCAAGUAACGGUAACAGUAAUCAGUCAUUUCAAAAUUUACCGGGCGGUGAUAGUCCUGGUGUAAGUUCUCUGCACCAGGAAUGGGAUCUAAGUAGAUUAUUAGUCAGUAUUUUAACUCUGGUAUUGGCUAUCGCGUGGUACUCACGGUAUCAUUACGCCCAACUAUUUACAGUAACAACUACCAUGGCAUUGUAUGCACUCACUGCAAUGUUUACUCUCGCUCUCUUCGGUAAUUUUUUUCCUGAUCAAGAGAGCUUGAGGGAAGUUGAAUAAAUAAUAACUUUUUUUUUUUAUGAAUAAUUUGCUGUCGUGGAAUUAUAAAUUUAUAUAUUUAAAUAAUUUUUCGGUAUCGAGGCACCAUUUACACGACUGAUUGUUUUUUUUUUUAAUUUUUGUUGUCAAUUUCAGCUGUCAGUUGACAGUUUUUGUAUUUGAAAAAUUAUUUACUAAUACUGUUCUCAAGAAAAAAUGAACCUCAUUUAGUAUUUUAGUAAAUAAUUUUAUGUAUGAUCAUAUCUGAUAUAUCUAAUUAUGUUUGAUCUGAUUUACGGUCAAAAAUGAAGACACAGGAGUAGAUAUAGCUUUAUAUCUGAUCAUGUUAUACGUAAUAUCAGAUAUGAUUUUAUAUGAUAUCAGAUAUGGUUAUUUUUACUAUCUGAUCAGAUAUAAAUGUUAAUAUUUGACUAUGUAGUGGAAAUAUAUGGUCAUGUGUCAGAUAUGAUUAUAUGUGAUAUCAGAUAUGAUUUUAUAUGAUAUCAGAUAUAAAUGUCAAUAUUGGACUAUGUAGUGGAAAUAUAUGGUCAUAUGUCCGAUAUGAUUAUAUAUGAUACCAGAUAUGGUCAUAUAUAUCAGAUAUGGUCAUAUAUGCUCACUUCUGUAUGAAUAUUAUUACAUAGGGUCGUUUUUAGUAUCUGAUCAGAUAUAAAUACCCAUAUAUGACAUUAGGUAUGGCCAUAUCUGAUCGUGUCUAUAAGAAUAUUAUCAGAUAGGGUCGUUUUUAAUAUCUGAUCAGAUAUAAAUGUCUAUAUUUGAUCAUAUACAUGGCAAUAUAUGUUAUAUAUGAUGACAUGUCAGAUCGAACCAUAUUAAUAUUAGAUAUGAGCAUAUUACCAUCAGAUAUGAUCAUAUAUGAUCACUUAUUUAUGAAUAUUAUUAGAUAGGGCCAUUUUAAACAUCUUAUCAUAUUCAGAUGUCCAUAUGUGACCAUAUACAGAGAAGUAUAUGAUCAUAUGUCAGAUAUGAUCAUAUAUAAUCAUGUUUAUAUAAAUAAUCAGAUAUAAUUGCCCAUGUGACCAUAUAUUUAGCAAUAUAUGAUCAAAUGUCAGAUAUCAUACAAAUCAGAUAUGUUUAUAUCUAAUCAUAUCUAUAUAAAUAAUCAGAUAAGACGGUUUUAAAUAUAUGAUCAGAUAUAAAUGACCAUAUAUAUGAUCAUAUCUGGUAAUUUUUUUCCUGAAGACAAUCAGAAAACUUAAUUGUCAAUUGACAGCUUUCUUGUAAUUUUUUGU